CAUGCAGGUUGUCUUUAUAGGCCAUCCAUUUUAGAAGAUAUUUCCACUGUUUGAAUGGUGAGGAGUAACACUUCAAUUUCUCAGGAGGAUGUCUGUGUCGGGGAAGAAGGAAUUUGACGUGAAGCAGAUCCUCAGGCUCCGCUGGCGCUGGUUCAGCCAUUCAUCCCAAGGUUCUGCUGGCAGUGGAGGUGGAGGUGGAGGUGGAGGCGGUGGCGGGGUGGGAGGCUAUAUCCAGCAGGAUGGCCUAGACCACAGAGGGACGCCUGUCCAGGGCCGGCUUAAGAGUCACUCACGGGAGAGAGGUGUUGGAGGACUACGGAAGACUAACAGCCCAGUCCACAGCAUCCUGGCGCCAACACCAGGGCCCACACCUGUGUAUGUCAGAGCAGGUCAACAAUCAUGGCACCAUCAGCAGAACAGCAUCCAGAGUCUCCAGGUCAACGAGGAAUCUUCAAAGAGCAGUUCGUCGCCCAGCAGCACAAGGAAAGUGGAUGCUAACACUGGCCAGGAAGAUGUGAAGAACAGCAUAGAGGAACCUGCAGAUGUGGAGGCCAGAGAGAGGUUGGCUCUGAGCACCUUCUCCAGAAUGAACACCAACUCCUCUGAUGAGUUUUUCCAGGCCACAAAUCAUGCAGAACAGACUUUCCGCAAAAUGGAGACCUACCUCCAGCACAAGCAGCUGUGUGAUGUCCUCCUGAUAGCAGGGGAACAUAAGAUUCCAGCUCACAGACUGGUACUGAGUGCUGUGUCGGACUACUUCGCUGCUAUGUUCACCAGCGACGUGAGAGAGGCAAAGCAGGAGGAGAUCAAGAUGGAGGGAGUCGAUCCGGAGGCUCUCAGAUCUCUGGUUCAUUUUGCCUACACUGGUGUCCUUGAGCUGAAAGAGGAGACCAUUGAGAGUUUACUGGCAGCCGCUUGCCUCCUCCAGCUUUCACAAGUCAUCCAGGUUUGCUGCAACUUCCUGAUGAAACAGCUUCAUCCCUCCAAUUGUCUGGGAAUACGCUCCUUUGCAGACGCCCAGGGCUGCGUGGACCUGCUCAAUGUGGCUCAUAACUACACCAUGGAACACUUCCUGGAGGUCAUUCAGAACCAGGAGUUCUUGCUGCUCCCCACGGCGGAGAUUGUUAAGCUGCUCUCCAGCGAUGACAUCAAUGUCCCCGAUGAGGAAACCAUCUUCCAGGCUUUGAUGAUGUGGGUGCGGUACGAUGUCCAGCAUCGACAGCAGGACCUCGGGGUGCUUCUCGCCUUCAUCCGUCUGCCUCUUCUUCCUCCACAGCUCCUUGCAGAUUUGGAAAACAACAAGAUGUUCUCUGAUGAUCUGGAAUGCCAAAAGCUGCUGAUGGAGGCCAUGAAGUACCAUCUUCUGCCUGAGAGACGUCCCAUGUUUCAGAGCCCGAGAACCAAACCUAGAAAGUCCACUGUGGGUGCACUUUACGCUGUAGGAGGGAUGGAUGCUACCAAAGGCUCCACCACCAUAGAGAAGUAUGACCUGCGGACUAACACUUGGGUCCAGGUUGGAGUCAUGAAUGGACGCCGGCUGCAGUUUGGUGUGGCAGUGAUAGACAACAAGCUGUAUGUGGUCGGAGGGAGGGAUGGCCUCAAGACGUCCAACAUGGUGGAGUGCUACAAUCCGGUCAAUAAAGUGUGGUCCACCAUGCCCCCCAUGUCAACACACAGACAUGGACUUGGAAUUGCUGUGCUGGAGGGCCCCAUGUAUGCUGUGGGAGGCCAUGAUGGCUGGAGCUAUCUCAACACAGUGGAGCGCUGGGACCCGCAGGCCAGACAGUGGAACUACGUGGCCAGUAUGUCAACACCACGGAGCACCAUGGGAGUCACAGCACUCAAUGGGAAAUUGUUUGCAAUUGGGGGUCGAGACGGCAGCUCGUGUCUGAGGUCAAUGGAGUGUUUCGAUCCGCACACCAACAAGUGGAGCAUGUGUGCUCCCAUGGCCAAGAGGCGAGGAGGAGUGGGUGUGGCGACAUACAACAACUUCCUGUAUGCUGUAGGUGGCCAUGACGCCCCUGCCUCCAACCACUGUUCUAGACUCUCCGAUUGUGUAGAGAGGUAUGACCCAAAGACAGACACGUGGACAACUGUGUCCUCCCUCAGUGUUCCCCGGGACGCGGUGGGUGUUUGCCUGCUGGGUGACCGGCUUUAUGCUGUGGGUGGAUAUGAUGGCCAGUCAUAUCUGAACACUGUCGAGUCCUAUGAUGCACAGAACAAUGAGUGGACUGAGGAGGUCCCUCUCAACAUUGGCAGGGCAGGCGCCUGUGUGGUGGUGGUGAAAUUGCCUUGAGCAUUUUGUCUCACGGCAGCAUGGGAAACAAAUGAGAGCAGUGAAGAAGAGUGGACAAACAAAACAAGAGAUCAAGGACACAUCCUUCGAGAGUCAUGUUUUCACCCCCCCCCCUCUUUAACUCGGCUCUCCAGAUUUUUCAGAGGGAAACGCAAACAGAGCCUUGGCCAUAAACCAUUGUUUCAGUCAUUAGUGGACAUAUCUGCACACAGGGGAAGACUGUACAUUCUCCACAUUCUCAACCGAUCACUAAAUUUUCAUAGACUUGGCUAAGCCGUAGCAAGUGUCAAGCCUUUGUUGUACUCGUUUGUUAUACUAGUUUUAUGAAAAGUUCUGUGUAUGUCUGUAAAAUUUAAUGUAAAAGUUACAUUUUGAGUAAACAAGCCUGAAGGUUCGUUUAAAUCUAUACAGAUACUUUUCUUAUCAAUGCCAUCACAUACAGUAUAUUUUGGGGUUUAUAUUUCACUUUAUAGCCACACAAACAAAAAUUGUUACAAAACAUAAAUGUAAUCAUGUACCAAUGUCUUUCCUUAGUGGGUGGUCUGAACAUAUUUUUACUCUUAAGGGAAGAAGACCACUGUGAACACUGAGGGUGAUGAGUUUGUUCAGACUGGCUUGAAGAACAGGAAUGAAAUCAAACUUUUUGCUAAAUAAUAUAUUUCUUUUCUCUCUUUUCAGUUCUUUUUAUUGAGCCUGUAGCUACAGAACACCAAAGUCAUUUGCUUGUCUUUGCAGUCUUGUUACUCAUUAAAUAAAGGUUUGCAAAAUUGUGAAUUACAGAAAAUAUAUCAUAUUGAUAUUUCACAUGGCUGUACAGAUUUUGUGAACUUUCCGAAACUACAUUUGUGUUGAUAGAAUCAUGCCUAAACUACUGCACUCUGGUGACUACAGUUAUUACGAUUCUUUUGUCUUUGUUUCUGGGCAUGCUAGCUGAGUUGUUCUAUUUGAUUUCUGCAGUAUUAUAUAUCAAGAUGACUGUCUGUUCUGUAUUUUUGAGGAUAUGAUGCCUUUUGGCCUCAUUCUGCACAAGAUACCCAUUGGAUUUACCCAGAAGAAACAGCAAACUAUGGCUAAGUGGCACCAGGUGCACCCAAACCAGCUGUCUGAGGUUAUAAGAGAAUUCCAAGCACCAUUUUACACGUGCAGAACUCACAAAGCGGAUUUUGAGUUUGCUCAUAAAAGUUGAACAUUACCAACUUUAUCACAGUGAGAACAAUUUGCAACUGUAACUAUAACAAAAUGUGCCAAAUGUGACUUUUUAUGCUUUUAUCAUAAUUUUGUACAGCAUGCAAACCUACAAAUAAAAAGACUUCGAUCUUC